AUGGCUAACUCGUCUGGUUUUUCAAACCUUCUACGUAGUCAAAUUCCAGUAGACCUUGAUUCACCCGAACCUUUUUGGUUUGAGUCACAAGUUCCUGAUGAGUCUCCUAGCCAAGUUCCUGAUGAGUCCGGUGUUAAGGAGAGGAGGAAAUAUUCUCCCAGAGAGGAUAAGAUCCUUAUUAGUGCUUGGCUUAACACCAGUAAGGACCCUGUCGUCGGGAAUGAGCAGAAAGCUGGUGCUUUCUGGAAGCGUAUUGUAGAGUACUACAACGCAAGCCCUCACCUCGUUGGGCAAAUACCGAGAGAGAUUACUUCUUGCAAACAGAGGUGGGCUAGGAUCAACGAGCAAGUAUCAAAGUUUACUGGAUGCUAUGAUGCGGCUCUGAGGGAGCAGAGAAGUGGCCAAAACGAUGAUGAUGUGAUGAAAGCGGCCUUGGACAUAUUCUUCUCAAAGUACGGCAACAAGUUCAGCUUGGAUCACUGCUGGAGGGAGCUGAGGCAUGACCAGAAAUGGUCGUCCACCUAUGUGGCUAAGGAUGGUGGAAAGGAAAAGCGGAGGCAAGUGUUGGACAUUGAUAGAGAAGAAGAUGACGUGGGAGAAGCAGAGGCUAGACCUAUAGGGGUAAAGGCCGCGAAAGCUGGCAGUAAGAAGAAAAAGAGUGGUAGAGAAGAGGAGUUGUCAAAGCUACAUGGCGUGUUAGAACUGAAGGAAAAACUCUCUAGGCAUAAAGUCCUUGAUCGCUUGCUCGCGAAGAAAGAGCCACUGUCUGAGAUGGAAACAUCGCUAAAACUCAAGCUAAUGUCUGAAAUGUUAUGA